AGCUUCAGCAGGGCAUCUCAAUUAUCACUCACAGGGGACUAGACCAGGAAAGAGAAAGAUGAAUGAUUCAGAGGCUUGGUAAAGUUCAUAUUUGUGCAGUCACUUGGAGAACGAAUGUACCAGAAAUCACCAGUCAUCAACACAGCUAUUAAAGGAGGUCAAGGACAACUAAUUGCUUCAUGAAGAAUCCCAGGCCAUGGUGCUUGCAAGACUUUAUUUCCUGCUACUGGUUUUGGGGGUUGGUACAAGGAUGAUGCUCGAGCUAGGCAGUGAGCGGAUAAAGCCAGCCCAAGUGCCUCUGAUGCCCCAUCGGCCUUUUGUUGUUGUCUGGAAUGCUCCAACAGAGUCAUGUCGCCUUCGCUUUAAGGUGGAUCUGGACCUCAGCGUUUUUGACAUUGUAGCCAACCUCAAUGAAACCUUAAGUGGACCCAACGUUACCAUAUUCUAUCAUAGUCAUCUGGGAUACUACCCAUACUACUCCAACUCAGGGGUUGCUAUCAAUGGAGGGUUACCACAGAAUCAGAGCAUCUCCAAACAUCUUAGCAAAGCCCGAGCUGACAUCGACAAACUGAUCCCACACAAGGAUUUCCGAGGCCUUGGCGUCAUUGACUGGGAGAACUGGAGGCCUCAGUGGGUCAGAAAUUGGGGGUCCAAAGACAUUUAUCGAAAAAAGUCCAAGGAGCAAAUUCAAAAGCGUCACCCCAACUGGCCAGAUACCAAAAUAGAAAAGGAGGCAAAAGAACAUUUUGAGAGUGCAGGACAGGCAUUCAUGAACCUGACUUUGGCACUGGCUGAAGCUCGCCGACCAGAUGGUCUGUGGGGAUUUUACCUCUUUCCAGACUGUUACAACUAUGGCUACAAGCAGCACCCACAACAUUACACUGGUGAAUGUCCCAAUGUUGAACACAUUCGCAAUGACCAUCUGAUGUGGCUCUGGAAGGAAAGCACGGCCCUCUACCCAUCUAUCUACUUAGACUACGAGCUAAAGUCUUCUCCAAACACGGUCAAGUUUGUCCAUUAUCGAGUCAAGGAAGCAAUGAGAAUUGCAUCUAUUGCCCGUAGGGACUUCACUCUCCCUGUUUAUGUAUAUUCUAGACCGUUCUACGCAUACACCUUUGUUGUGCUCUCAGAGAGGGACCUAGUUCACACUAUUGGGGAGAGUGCCACCUUGGGAGCAUCAGGUGUGAUCCUCUGGGGAUCAUCAGAGUACUCUCGAUCAUAUAGAAACUGCCUCGCUAUCAAGAAGUACAUUGACGGUCCUCUUGGACACUAUGUCAUGAAUGUUACAUCAGCAGCUAAGCUCUGUAGUAAAGCACUUUGCAAGAAGAAUGGCAGAUGUGUCCGCAAGAGUAUGGAAUCAGAUGCAUAUCUACAUCUUAACCCCCGUUUCUUCCACAUUCGUAACAACCCAACACCAAAGGGCCCCCGCUUUCAUGUCAGUGGUCAUCUAAAUAAUCAUGAUAUUCUUGACAUGAAGCACAAGUUCUCCUGCCAGUGCUACCAAGGCUGGACAGGGGCUUACUGUGAAGUUCCGCAGGCUCCACACCCUUCUUUCUCUCCACCACCUAAGCCUACUGCUGCAAGACUUCAUCCUUGGGUCAACUGUUUGAUGUCAAAUGUUCUGCAUUUUCUUUCUCUAAAUUUCUCCUGUGUCUGUGUCAUCACUUUCCUGGGACUGUGUCUGACAGUAAGGUGCCUCCUUUUGUAGAUGUCCUAUUUUAUUUCAUAGCCUGCAUGUCUUAGAAUGGUGUUUGACUCUAUUCAAAUUUGGAAGCAUUGGCCUAAAAAAGUCUUCUAACUUCUUUUAAUAUGAUUUAGAAGGUAGUCAAUAUUGCACCAUGCCAGGCCAGCUGUUGCUAUAAAGUUUUACUGGCCUAUUCUAAUAAAGAUAUAUUCUUUAAA